AUGGCUCCAUCCAAGAAGGUUAACCCAGCUCCUCUAGCUACUAGAACUGCCAAGACUCCUGUCAAGAAGAACCCAUUGACUGUUUCUACCCCAAGAAACUUCGGUAUCGGUCAAGCUAUUCAGCCAAAGAGAAACUUGUCCAGAUACGUCAAGUGGCCAGAAUAUGUCAGAUUGCAAAGACAAAAGAAGAUCUUGAACAUGAGAUUGAAGGUUCCUCCAUCCAUCGCUCAAUUCCAAUACGCUUUGGACAGAAACACUGCUGCUGAGACCUUCAAGUUGUUCAACAAGUACAGACCAGAAACUGCUGCUGAAAAGAAGGAGAGAUUGGUCAAGGAGGCCGCUGCUAUUGCCGAGGGUAAGACCAGACAAGAAGCUUCUCCAAAGCCAUACGUCGUUAAGUACGGUUUGAACCACGUUGUCUCCUUGGUUGAGAACAAGAAGGCUAAGUUGGUUUUGAUCGCCAACGACGUUGACCCAAUUGAGUUGGUUGUUUUCUUGCCAGCUUUGUGUAAGAAGAUGGGUGUCCCAUACGCUAUCGUGAAGGGUAGAGCUAGAUUGGGUACUUUGGUUAACCAAAAGAGCUCUGCUGUCGCUGCUUUGACUGAGGUCCGUGAGGAAGACGAAGCCGCUUUGGCUAAGUUGAUCUCUACCGUCAACGCCAACUACUUGGAGAAGUACGACGAAUCCAAGAAGCACUGGGGUGGUGGUAUCAUGGGCUCCAAGGCUCAAGCUAGAUUGGCUAAGGCAGCUAAGGCUCUAUCUGCUUAA